AUGUCACCUCAUUUUCGUUCCGAUCACGACGCGGUGACGAUGGGUUCCCUCAUCAUUGUUUUAACCGUCUUCGCUGUAUAUUGCAGUGCGGUGUAUUGUGACACACUUCCGACUAAGGUCGCUAAACCAGAAGAUACCGUUCUCCUCGAAAGAAACAAUGCUAGUCAUGCGACAAUUGAGAAGGGAACCUUUUGGAAGAAUCUCAGUCUAUCGAAACGCAAACCGACGAAAGUGAUAGAGUCGAGGAAUCUGGAUAACAUAAACAACGGUAUGGAUAAAAGGAAAGGGCGAUUUUUAAGUAGUUUAGCCUUUCUAACUGGUCUCAGCUUCGGUGAAUUAGCCACCGUGGCAUCUUCCACUAUGAAGAAUAUCGCUAAGAUACCACAAAUGCUUAGCAUAAAUCUAGGUUCUUCCAAAACGUCACCGUACUUCGCCGCCUAUUAUAGUCAAUAUCCAUAUACUCCCUUGUUACCUUAUCCGCUCAUUUAUCCCGGUGCCUUUGGACUCGCGCCGAUGAUUGACGCCGCGAAACCCCAGACGUCGCAGAACGAUUUAACGCCGCAAGUGAUAAAUCUGUUCGACAAUAGACCGAACGAUAUUGCGGAAAAUAACGAAGACUAUACAGAUGCAGAGACGUCCAACGUGGGCAACGGGGCUGAUGAUCGCAUAAGAUUGCGAGCCGAAGCUGAUCGAAACGCGGAAGAGAAGAAUACGAUACGCGGAUGUAAAGAGGGUCAACGGAGACGAGCCAAUGUGAAAGAAACAGCCAGAGAGCGUGAAUAUCUUCACGAGAAUGCCGUUGAUUUGCGAGCAAGCUCGAAUUUUCACCGAGUUCAGAAUUCGACGGAAGAACUAGAUAAUGAUACAACAUCAGAUAAACCUACUAUGAGACCAAAUACUACUACGACAAUUUUACCUGACAAUACAACGCAUCACCACCAUCAUCAUCAUCAUCAUAUCUUCCCGGGAUAUUAUGGUGGGUAUCCACAGAAUAUACACCACGUGGAUCUCACAACAUCGCAUCCUUACAAUCAGAUCGGUUACAAUGCACCGGAUGAACAUAAUUUUUAUCAAGACGACAAAUAUAAUGUCUACCAAAGCUUUAAUCCAUCUCUUUCGGCGCCAUUCCCAUCCGAUCAACCAAACGAAUUCGCAAGCACGGAUUAUAACAGAGUGUAUCCUUCUGGAUAUCCACCAUUAAAUAUCAGUGACGGUUUUAUACCUCUAAAAUAAAUGAUAUUCUUUACAAAGCUCAUUAACGUCUAUUAUGAAGUAGAUCAUGUCUAAUGAGUUUAUAAAAAUAAGAAUGUAUUUUUAAUUAAAAAUUACUUAUACAAAGUUAAAAUAAUUUUUAAGCUAAUUUAGUAUACAAAUUGAUAGUGUGUUUAUAUAUAAGAUUGCAAUUUAUUACGUACCUACUAUGCAUUAUAAUUAGUUUUCAAGUUAGUUGUAUUAAAAUUUCGAAAAUUUUUAGAAACGCUUGAUAUAAUUCGUAAUUUUGUAAUUCUGGUAAAACCGACAUAUUUUUGUUAUAAUUUUUAGUUUCUAUGUAUAAUUUUAUUUUUGAUACAUUAGUAAGCAUGUUUUUUUCUUAUACAUUUUUUUUAAUUAUACAAUUUAGGAAAAGGUAAUUAUUCAUGAAAUACUUGUGGCAUUAAUUAACAAAAAACAGAAAUGCAUAUUGUACUGUCAAUUAUUGAAAUAUAUUGCCUAUCAGUUUUA